AUGUCGAAGUCUGACCAUAAGAUACAACUAUAUACCAACGAGUUUUACUCAGCAUGUAUCCUGGGUGGGGUGAUCGCCUGUGGACCCACCCAUUCGGCUGUUACACCUCUGGAUCUGGUGAAAUGUCGUUUACAGGUGAACCCUAAGUUGUACAAGUCGAAUGUGGACGGUUGGAAGACAAUUAUUCGUAAUGAAGGGUUUGGUAAAGUUUUCACAGGGUUCGGUGCCACAGCUAUCGGUUACUCGUUACAAGGUGCUGGUAAAUAUGGUGGGUACGAAUUUUUCAAGCAUUUUUACUCGAACAAUGUGCUAAGUCCCGAAUUGGCCUCUCGUUACACUACUGGUGUGUAUUUGGCUGCUUCUGCCACCGCUGAAUUCAUUGCCGAUAUCAUGCUUUGUCCUUUUGAAGCCAUUAAGGUUAGACAACAAACAACAGUACCUCCUUUCUGUAACAAUGUGUUCCAAGGGUUGUCGAAAGUCUAUUCCACUGAGGGUUUGAAGGGUUUUUACAAGGGAAUUGUUCCUCUAUGGUUUAGACAGAUUCCUUACACUAUGGUGAAGUUUACUUCUUUUGAAAAGAUCGUACAGGCGAUCUAUGCCAAACUGCCCACCCCAAAGAGCGAAAUGUCCCCAUUGCAACAGAUCUCAGUUAGUUUCACUGGUGGUUAUUUGGCAGGUAUCUUGUGUGCCAUCGUUUCGCACCCUGCAGAUGUGAUGGUUUCCAAGAUCAACAGUGAGAGGAAAAGUGGUGAAUCUAUGAUGGAUGCUUCCAAAAGGAUUUACAAAGUCAUCGGAUUCAAUGGUUUGUGGAAUGGUCUAAUGGUAAGAAUCGUGAUGAUUGGUACUUUGACCAGUUUCCAAUGGCUCAUUUACGACUCUUUCAAAGUUAAGAUCGGUUUACCAACCACUGGUUGA